AUGGCAGAGUCUACUCAGUCUCAAGCCAAAAGACGGCGGACGUCCACGGCGGAGAUCAGUAAAUAUCCCGUCAUCGCCGGGUACAGAAUCUCUACCUAUGCCGCGCCGGGGACCGUUUUGACCAUGGAUGAGCAGAAAAUCAUAUACCAUGCAUGGAAGAAGAGCGGCUCACCACACAAUGCAUUGUGCUACACAUGUCGCAAACCAGGCAGUAUGCUAGAUUGCGACACGUGCUGCCGGUCAUAUCACCAGAAUUGUGUUGUCCCAAAGGUACCGGAGCGACAAAAGAAGUUCUACUGCGAUGCAUGUACCAAGAGAGGAUGGCAUAUGCAGCCGCCAUCAUUUGAAGACAAUAAAUCGAAUCAUCUUCACGCCAAACCAGCUGAUGAGCCUGUUCAAAGACCUGCAGCCGAGCCCGAAGAGCCCAAGCCAAAUUUGGAGACUCGUAGAAGUAACAGGUUGAAGAAGGAUGUGGCCAAGCCUGACGAUACUGAAACUUCAUCUACCAGGGUAACGUCAAGAAGGUCAUCAGAAGAAGAUGCGCGCACAGGUGGACAGGGUGACGUGAUGCACUCUCUCCAGAGCCUACGAGAAAGGGUGAUAAUUCUUGAGAAGGAAAACGAAGCUUUAGGCCUUAGCUCACGCACGAAAAAUCCAAGGAAGCGUGAUCAUAACUCAUAG